AUGUCAACUCACUCUCUCGUUAAACAAUAUUUCGCCCUGGUCCCUCCUUACUUCCUCCAUCUUCCUCCUCCUCUCAUUUUGAUUCAGCCGGAUAACCAGGAAUGCCUCAUCCAACAUAUCUUCCAAUCAUCCCUUCCUGAACCUGGACCGACAUACAGGAGACAGUUUUGGAGGAGGAUAGUUGGGUAUCUAGAAGAUGUUCUAAGGCGUCAUACGAAUGAAGACGAUGCGUCUGAGAUAGAUGUACAGGAACAGGGAAGAGAAGAGGAAGGAGACGGAGGAGAUCCAGAAGUUGACGAGAGGAUUUAUUCGGCUUUGGCUGAUUUGAUGGCUUUGCCCUUGGAGCACGAAGAAACGUCAUAUAGGACUUUUCUCUACCCUCUUGGAGAUACCGAAGCUAGGAUUAUAUUGUUGGAAGACAUUGCUGUCAUACAAGGGGGCACCACAGGUCUUAGAACAUGGAAAGCCUCAUUACACCUUGCUCAUCACAUACAUUUGAACACGAUCUCACUUCCCCCUGGACCCAUAGUGGAGUUGGGCGCAGGAACAGGAUUCUUGUCCAUCUUUCUUGCACAACGACAAAGGGAGGUCAUAGCUACCGAUCUCGAUGCGACCGAUGGGAGGCAAGCACCUCUAAAAAGACUGCAACACAACGUCGGUAUGAAUCAUGUCGAGGAAAAUGUGAAGGUUACACCGCUCGAUUGGGCAGAUAGUCUUCGGCCAAAGAGCGAACGACCGGCUGUAUGGGAAGAACUCACAAGUCGACCAUAUACCGUAGUCGCUGCAGACGUUACGGGAUUCUUCAACUUGGAUUCAAGAGGACGUAGAAUGUAA